AGUAGCUGAUCAAUUGACAACUCCCCAGACUGCGAAAAAGGAACAAAAAAAGUGGAGAGAAAAAGCGGCAGAUAGAGCAGAUAGCGUGAGAUAAUCUCGAUGCAUUCUUUUCUUGGGGGGCGUAUUACUAGUUACUAGUGUCACACGCACCUGAUGCUCAUCGGUAUACCUCGGAGGGCAGAAGCAUCCUGCAAGAAGCAUUAGAGGCACUGCAGCAAUGGCAUGGACAAAAUACCAAGUGUUUUUAGCUCUUAUGCUCGUUUUUACUGGCUCUAUAAACACACUCGCAACCAAGUGGGCCGACAGGUCCAAAUCAAGAGGAAGGGAUGGGACUAUACGUGAAUUUGACCACCCCUUUCUGCAGGCGGUGGGUAUGUUCCUGGGAGAGCUCUCAUGCUUGCUUGCCUUCCAAGUCCUGUACUGGUACCAUACAAGGAAGCCAUCGUCCGAGCCGUUGCCCCCCAGUGUUUCCGGAAGCCGCAGCUUCAAUCCCUUCAUAUUUUUACCCCCAGCCAUGUGUGAUCUCAUUGCUACCUCAAUCAUGUACGUCGGUCUUGAGUUGACCUUUGCUUCCAGUUUUCAGAUGUUACGAGGAGCCGUAAUUAUCUUCACGGGGCUCCUCUCCGUCGCUUUCUUGGGCCGCCACCUCAAGGGAUACGAGUGGCUGGGAAUCCUCAUCGUGCUCCUCGGUCUCGUAGUUGUAGGCCUGUCCGACAUGCUCUUUCCUGGCCAGGAGGAGGCGUCAAAGGGUCAAAAUGGAAUAAUAACUGGUGACCUGCUCAUAAUCCUGGCCCAAGUGAUUGCAGCGUGUCAAAUGGUUAUCGAAGAAAAGUUUGUCACCAAGUACAAUGUACCGCCACUGCAGGCUGUUGGAUGGGAAGGGUUCUUCGGAUGCACCGUUCUUGGCACACUUUUGAUUCCAAUGUACUUCAUACCUGUUGGGAAUUCAAUCUUCAAAAACCCAAAUGGGCAAUUGGAAGAUGCCAUCGAUGGCCUCUACCAGAUAUCCAAUAGUUGGAGUGUAUGCCUCGGUGUCAUAGGGACCAUAGUCAGCAUCGCCUUCUUUAACUUUGCUGGCAUAAGUGUAACGAAAGAACUGAGUGCAACAACCCGAAUGGUGCUGGACAGCGUACGUACGCUGGUCAUCUGGGCUGUCAGCCUGAUUGUAAGAUGGCAGAAGUUCAGCUGGAUACAGCUUGUGGGCUUUUUUGUCCUCAUCGUCGGGAUGUUCCUCUACAACAACGUUGUCAUACGGCCUCUGCUCAUCAAAAACGGAUGCCUUAAGGCACCGGAAGAUGACAUGUCACAGCUCGUCGUCGAGGAGUCUGGCGACAGAGUGCAGGAAGACAAGGCGCAGGCAUAACAGGGCAUAGGGCCAUACUUAUUUGUUACUGUUUUGUGAAGGCCACAGUACUGAACUGUCAGUUGACAGUUUCUACCUUCAGGCACUGUGGGGCCGUGUAACACCAUCACUGCAAGGCGCUAGCACCUUAGCUGGCUUAGCACACAAGGGUGCAAGAUAACAAUGCUUUCAGUCCUUGUGGCCUUAGCAGAGCUCAAUGCAGACUUCUAAUUUUAUGUACAAGUUGUUCUACAGAACUUGCGCUGUUUAAAUAAAACUGUUCAAAAAUAAAAGAUAAACACCCUGGA